AUGUCUCACGGUAAACAAUUCACACUUUACAGUCACAAGGGUGGUCCGAACGGAUGGAAGGUGGCCUUUCUCCUCGAGGAACUCGGUCUUAGCUAUGAGACUAUCUUCGUCGACUUUCAAAAAGGUGAACAAAAGUCGCCUGAACAUGUCAAGCUCAACCCAAAUGGUCGCAUUCCUACCAUCAUUGAUCACAAAAACUCGGAUUUCAGUCUUUGGGAAAGCAACGCGAUUCUCGAAUAUAUUGUCUACACCUAUGACAAGGAAGGCAAGUUAUCUGUCACCAAGCCGGAGGAAAAGUACAAACAACUCCAAUGGUUGUUUUUCCAAGCUUCUGGUCAAGGACCGUACUUCGGUCAAGCGGUAUGGUUCCAAAAGUACCACGCUGAAAAAAUCCCAUCAGCAAUCGAGCGCUAUGAAAAAGAGAUUAGAAGAGUCUUUGACGUCUUAGAAAGUGUCCUAAGCAAAGAGGAAUGGCUAGUUGCGGGGAAAUACACCAUUGCCGACUUGUCUUUCAUCCCUUGGCACCGUCAUGCAACCACUGGUAUCUUGGAAAAUUAUGAUGGUUCAAAGGAACAUCCAGCCUUGGAUAAGUGGAUCAACAAGAUGACUGAAAGACCGGCUAUCAAAAAGGUCUUGGCCGAACGCGAGGCUCUCAUGAAAUAG